GCUAUUUGUUAUCUACGUUUUGUUGCAAAAUAACAAUGGAAAAAGAGGAAGCGAUAUUAGAAGUGAAAUAAAAUCUUAAAAGAGCGGCAGUUUGAUUUAUGUAAUAAGAAUGUUAAAGAUACACUGAAUUAUUGACUUUUAAUUUAUAAGUUUGUCAUUCGUGUUGUUUAGACAACUGGUUUGAUAAAAUGACGGACGUGAAUUUACGACAACAGAAGCUGGAACAACAGCGCCAGCUCAUGGAGCAGAAGAUGCGGCAGAAGCGGCAGACCUCGGGGAUGGUCCAGGCGUCGGACGUCCGCAGCGCGUCCGCCAAGUCCCGGAACGGCUUCCGGCCGCAAGCUGCAUCCGCGCAGGCCCGGCCGCGCGAGUUGCACGGGUACGAUGGGCCGUUGCAGUACACCAUGCCUCCCGGGAACCCAGACUCCGUGAUACCUCUGCAGUCGCCGGUGUCCCAGGAGGACCACGACGAGGUGUUGGAUCGCGUGGAGUCGCUGAGCCUGUGGGCGGACGACGGGCCGGACAUGGAGGACGAGGAGUCGUCCCCGGUGCUCCCCGAGCUGGCCAUCCCGCCCACGCCCGACGACGUCAGCGCCCCGGUCGCCCCCUUCUCCGGGCCCGCCAACCUCGUCAGCUCCGACCCCAACGAGCGGGAGAAGGAGGGCGACGUGGAGGGCAGCCUGGAGACGUUCGUGCUGGAGCCGGGCAGCCAGCGGGUGCACUACAAGUGCCGCAUCACCCGCGACCGCAAGGGCAUGGACCGCGGCCUCUACCCCACCUACUUCCUGCACCUCGAGCGGGACUACGGCAAGAAGGUGUUCAUGCUGGCGGGCCGCAAGCGCAAGAAGAGCGCGACCAGCAACUACCUCAUCUCCACAGACCCCACCGACCUGUCCCGGGGCGGCGAGUCCUUCGUGGGCAAGCUGCGCUCCAACCUGCUGGGCACACACUUCUCCGUCUACGACAGCGGCUUCUCGCACCGCCGCGGCGAGGCCAAGGAGGGCUGGAAGAGGAACGCCCCGCGCAACGAGCUGGCCGCCAUCGUCUACGAGACCAAUGUUUUGGGUUUCAAGGGUCCAAGGAAAAUGACUGUGAUCUUACCUGGCAUGACGCCCGAGUUGAAGCGAGUUAAAGUUUGUCCCCAAGACGACAGCGAAACGCUCCUAGAGCGCUGGCGAAGCAAGACCACGGACUCCCUCCUGGAGCUCCACAACAAGACCCCGAUGUGGAACGACGACACCCAGUCGUACGUGCUCAACUUCCACGGCCGGGUUACCCAGGCGUCGGUCAAGAACUUUCAGAUAGUGCACGACAAUGACCCGGAGUACAUCGUGAUGCAGUUUGGGCGCGUGGCGGAGGACGUGUUCACGAUGGACUACCGCUACCCGCUGUGCGCCGUGCAGGCGUUCGCCAUCGCGCUCAGCAGCUUCGACAGCAAGCUGGCGUGCGAGUAGUCGCCCCCUCCCCCCUCCCGCUCCCCUCUCCUCGGGCUGCCUUCGUUGCCUUAUGACGAUACGUGUUUGCGAGCGUAUCCCUCGAGCGAAUGUUUGCUAAACAUAUCCGCCGGUGGCAUUUUCUUUUCCGUGCUAAAGAAAAAAAUGUCUCCAGCAAGAUUUUUUUUUCCCCCGGUUGAGAAGAGCUUCUGUGUGAGAAAGUUAAUAUUUUAUAUUUGUGGAGAGCGCAAACGUGAAGCAGUAGAACCCUGUUAAAACAGUUCUCCUGGUCACUUAAGUCCUUUUUCCCGUUCGAAUUAAUGGUGUUGCAUGUUUGGUUCCCUCGGAGAACUUCUCUGCAGGUUUCUACUGCAUCCUGGUAACAAAGUUAUAGUGUAACAAUAACUAUCGCAGAAAAAAAAACUAAUAAUGCACACUUGAUAUUUUGGUGCUGGUUACCAGAUAUGAAGUAAAUGUGUGUUGAUGUUGUCUUUUGCUAUUUUGAAAUUUUUGCUGCAUGUCAUAUCUUUUCUGAGAAAAUUUACGUGUUUAUUUAUUUAUUUAUUAGUUAUGAAAUGUUUGUGAGCAUGUAUUAUAUUCGUAAAGGUUUAUUCAAACGCGCCUAUCUAUAACUUUUAACUUUUUGCGCCCUAAUCUAUGGAAAGCAAUACGGCGGAUAUUCUGUUGGAGGCGUCAGAAUGCUCUCUGGUCGUUGAGGUUGUUCUCGAUUCACUUCCUUCUGAGCAAAUAGUUCGGGGCAAACUGUCUGCUGGCUGGACUUUUGCAUGUUUCGCUGGUUUCUUUGUUUACCAUCUUUCUUGUUUACCAAGUAACUGUAACACCUUUCCCAUAUUCAGUGUGCUUGCAAAGGAAAAUACACAAUUUCAAUCAUCAUACACAGAGAGUACUCACAUUUGAUAGAAAGAUUUGUAAAUGUCAUUACAGAAAUAUUAAAUAUUUGCCUCGUAAGACAUCUGAUAUGUCAGCCGUUUGGUGCUUUUUUUUUUUCUCUUACAAGUUUGUCUUGGAUUCCUUUGUUUGCCAUCGGAAUGAUUAAGCACUGCUUUUCGACUGGGUCGUUCCGUCCUCAAGAUUGGAACUCUGCAGUAGCUCAAUCGAGCAAACCAAGUUUUUAACAGUUUUUUUUUUUUUGCUUCAGAGUGAUAGAGGUAGUGUUUGCUACGAACACGCACAACAUAUGUCGGAGAUGGUAGAACUUUGUUCAAUCAUAUUUUCUUUUAAUGUGCUGUUGUAAAAUCACGUGGUAGGGUUUCCAGAUAGACGCUUGUCAUUUGUAAGGUUUGAUUUGAUUAAAGUGAUGAACUGAUUAACCAAUUGGUUGGGCCUUAUAAGUAAUAUAAUUCAAUAAAAAUUAUCAAAUAACCAUGCAUAAUAUUAAUAUUGAGCAUUCAUAAAAGUGAACAGUGAGCCAUCCUUCGAUUUUUUUUUAACUUUAUUCAAGCAUAACAUAAUUCAACACACAAAAAAAUCUAAAUAUUUUCAUGAGCUAAUCUUAGGCUUCCAAUGUUUUAAAGCUUUGCAACAAAUAACUAUUUUUCACAUCAGACACAAAGUUUUGCAUCACAACUGAAGCUUCAAAUAAAACGAACAGGAAAUUUUACGGAAAAAUCAAAUAGAAUAUUAAAAAGAACUUUGAUUCGCUUAGUCGAAGCUUUGCAAGGGCCCACCUACAUACAACUGAAAGUAUGUGUUUUUUUUUUUAAAUUUCACUUUCAGUGGUUGCAUACUUACAUAAAUGUUUUGAAAGUCUCUGGUAUAUGCCAGUAAAAUAGUGUUGCCUAUGUAAAAAAAAGCUCAGUAUUUGCAUUGCAGAUUGUGUUUGUACCUCAUACACACUGUGGUUCAGAGCUUCAUUAUAAGAUCAGGGAAUGUGUGAAGUCAUGUGAUAGCUGUCCCUGUUUGAGACAUUUGUAGAAACUACUAUCUCUGUGUGCAACUGAAUAUUUCCUUGCUCAUAUAAACACAUAUCUCUAUUUCAAUUUGCAUGUACACGGAUAUUGAAACAAAACAAAUUUAUUUAGUCGCAUUAUUUGUGUGUCUUUGUCACUUCAAUUUUUUUUGGUACUAGAAUAUCCUUAUAAAACAAAGAUGUAGCUGUGGUUAUGUAGUUACAUUUAUUUUGGAUAGGUGUUUUAUAAAUUUUGCAAAUGUAUUUAUUUUGUGUGUAUGAUUUUUAUUCCGUACAUUACUGAAACUUGUGUGAUCUUUAAGGGACCACAUGUAAAUUUUAUAGCAAAUAACAUGUAAAAUACAGAGAUAAGUACGUUAAAAAUUGCAAGGAACAUUUAGUUUGUCCCAUAGAGAGCAUGUAAGGUUUGUAGGGAUGUGCGAGUACCCGAUAUUUUCGGGUACGGUUCGAAUCCACAAUUACCCGAACCCGGAAUCGUUGUACAUACAUGGAUUCGAACAUUAUUACGAAUAUUCACAAAAGUUAUAAAUUAAUUUAAUAUGGCUCAAAAAUACUAGCAGUGAAAAAUAAAAUUAGGCUACUAUUACGUAAGUAUUUAUAAUAUGAUUAUCAAGAAAGAUAUGUAAAUUAAAUAAUUAACACAGUGACAUUAAAAGAAUUUCGAGAUUUCGAAAGCUUAAACUAUAAUAACGAAUUUCGUCGUAUAGCAGACUAUAAACUGAACAAUUACAUACCUACGAGAAAAAACGUCUUGACUAUUUAUUGGAGAAAAAAAUGUUUUCGUCUUCUGAAACGUUUUUAAAACUGAGAUUUCCCUGUGCCGUGCAGUUUUAUUACGAUUGAGUUGGAGAAUCAAAUAUGUUUUGGUUUUCAUAUUAUAAAGUGUUUAUUAUUAAUUAAGUUUACAUAAUUAUAAACAUUUCAAUCUCAGUGUAAUAAAUAAUUGCCAGUAGUUACAGUUAGAAAAAAAAAACACACAUUAUUUUUAAAUUAAUCAGUUAUUUUUAAUUAUUCUGUGCUUAAUAUUCGGAAUCGGAUUCAUAUCUCAAAUAUUGCCAGGGAUUCGAAUCGGAUUCGAACCGAACUGAAAAUCAAGGAUUCGCACAUCCCUAAAGAUUUGUCCAUAAUUUAUGCCUAAAUUUGAAAAGUAGUAUAUAAACAUACCAAUGCUUGUGCUGCUAUCUUAUUAUUAAAUAUUAAUACUAAAUAAUUUUUUUUUACUCAGCAUGUGGGGCCAUAAUUAGCAUUUUGGUUAUAAGCUUACGUAUAAUCAGUAUCUACAUUUUUACUGCCCCACCAAGUAGUGCACAGCUUUUUAAAAUUGUUUUUUUUUUCUUCUUAAUAUUUGCAUUCAUCCAAGUUAUUUCCAUCCCUAAUUGUAGUACGAUGCAAGUUGUCUUCUAGCAUUUAUUCACACUAAAAGCCACGUUUUAUCUCUUUGCAAAUCUUGUUUAGCCAACCUUCGUUUAUCCGACGUCCCACAGAAAAAAGCUUCAGUUGGCAACAAUAGAUGUAAGUUGCAAGCGUAAUCGUAGGCUAACUUUUAUUCCUCAGGACUAUAACACAGCUAAUUGUUAUUAGUUACCCACCAAUCAAAACCUUCUUUAAAUCAUCACAGGACUGAAAUGUUUAAGUAUGAACUUUUCUAAAAUCAGAUAAUUUUUUAAGUUAAUUAUUUUCUGUUGUUAAACUUUAUUAUUGGGUUCGUAAUGUGUAAAACUAUUACAUAAUUUUAUGUUUAAUAGCUAAUUCGCUUUUAAUAACCACCGCCUUACAAUCCAACAUUUUCACUUAUCCACGUUCUGCCGGGGUGUUUAUGUUGGAUAAGUAAGACAUUACCGUAUUUUCAUUAAAAUAGUAGAGCUUGGUAAGUUUGACAAGCUGAAAAGUUUUUGAUAAUUAUUUGCAAAUAAAGUGGUUGACAAGCAUUUGCAUGUUUGAAUGUAACGUAAAAUUGUGGUUAAGAGAGAGUAUCAAACAUGGAAUACAAAACUUUUUUACAAUUCGUACAUUUUAUAACAGAUGACUAGGGACAAGAUUAUAUGGUUAAUUGCUGUAAAACACAAAUAACACAGUGUGGCCGGCAGGGCCACAUUUUUACUUGUAAUUUAUUUUUGUUGCUGGUCUCUAGUUUUAUAUGGUUUUUAUUUCACGUAUUUUUACGCCUUUUUUAAUUAAUGUUAAUUUAUCUGUAAAUUUUUUUAAUUAUAUUUGUUUCUGUUAAUUAGUUAUACGCAGUUUGGUAGCUAUCGAUUAUGAGUUUAAGAAUAUCGAUUGUGUUUCACGUAAAUACCACUUGGUGAGCGCCCGGCGGUUGGCUGAUGACGUCAGACAUUCGGCUUGCCGGGAAGAAAAAAUCAGCUGGGCCGGGGGGAGAGUGUGCCGAGCGACCGUCGAGGACAGAGCCAUGUGACGGCGCGGACUGGUGUGCCGGACGGCAACGGGCCACGAAGAGUAUUGGGCUGGAGGCUCCACGCUGGGGGACAGGGCAAUGGAUUGCCCUGUGAUACUGAACUUAUCAAGGUAAAGAGAGGCCGCAAUUUUGAUUUUUACCCUCGUGGUACUGCAGUGGUUUUUGGCAAACCUAGUGAACUGUGUAUUUUCCCAUACUAAAUUUUAUUUGGACGGAACUUUUAUUAGCCAGUUUGGUGAAGAGGCCCAUUUGUUUCACACGUUGUUCCAGUGUGGGAUUUUUUAAAAAGGUCGCCCGUUUGCCUGUAGUUGUAAUAAAAGUAUAAGUUUGGAAGAAACGAACAUUUUGCAAUUUGUUUUUGAGACUUUGUCUUCGGAAUUUGCAUACUUAAAGUUGCAUUUAGCUAAUAUAUCAGCUUGUGCAGUAUAAUUAAAUGUAUGCGAUCGGUAUUGGACUACAUGCGCAGCCUGAUGUUGGUUGGUUGGUGCGGCCAUUCUACGUUUUUAUGAAAUCAUUGGCAAGUUAAUAAAGAAGUAAGACUUUGUUUGAAGUAUAUGAUAAAUACUUCUGUGGUAACAUAGUUAUGUUACGUGAAGAGUUUUUGCUACAUUUCCCUUAAAAAUAAGAUAAUUUUUUUUUGAUCAUCGUUCACGCCUUUGUGAAUUCGUACCUAUGGCCCGGCGUGGCAUUAGACUCUGGAGUUGGUGAGGAAGGUCAGGAAGCCAGCGCACGCCUAGGAUAUUAACUUUGUUUUUUUUGGCAAGUCUUUAGCAACGAACAUCUGAAGAAAGACUAAACCGUUGAUUGAGAGUUUAAGAACUUUAUUUAAAUAAUUUGUUUGUACUUCAGUAUUAUUUUUGUAGAUUUUUUAUAUAUUUGUAUUGAUUGUCUUGUUUGAUUUUUUGGUAUUAGGGCAGUCAGUAAAUUUUGAUAUUUUAUAGUGGCCACGCCUCACGCCCUUAUAUAUUUUUAUACUUGUUGUUAUCAGUAUUUAUAUUUUUACGAUUUUUUAAAGGUUAUUGUUAGUAUCGCAAAUGGGGAUAAGAUGCUGCCAUUAUUAACGUCAGCUUUUGUAACUAAGCUUGUAUGGUUAUGUAUAGUAAAAAAUUAUUUUUGCAAAUUUCUAUUUUUUAAUAACAUACGUCCAAAGUCUUGCCUCUUGUUUGUUUAAUGGUUACUCUGCUAUUAUAUCCUUUAAAUUUUUUGGCCUGACCCCUGGGCAGUGGUGUGGGGAAUUUAUAUUGUUUAGCUUUUUAUGCCUGGUUUUAAUAUUUAUUUUUUCCCUUCGCGCCCAGAGUGAGUCGGGGACGCAACCCCUCUUCCAAUUAAGGAGGAAGAAGGGUUACAACCUGCGCCACUCUGCUAGGCAGAGACUUUGGACUUUUGCGAUUUUGCUGACUUUUUUGAUUUUUUUAAUAAUGGCAGUUUCUUGGAUUUAUAAACUUCCCAAAGAACAGGUUUACGCUAAUUUGCAAGCUGCGGGAGCAGGAUCAGCACCAGGAAUUUUAGUGGUCUUUUAGAUUUCCAGUGAUGGUUUUGAUUUUUUUCCUGUGAGGUUAUAGUUUUUAUAGUUCUUUGCUUUAGUUUGCAACCUUUAGUUAUUGAUAAUUUUGAGAGAGAAGGUUUUGUCUAAUACGUUUCGGUCUUGACUUUGGAGCUUGUUUGUUUUGUUUUGGCAUACUUAGAUCCCGUUUGUUCGGUUUGUGAGUUUAGUUUGUCUUUUCCGUUACUUGUUGGAAAAUCCUUCUCUUGUUUUUUUUUUUUUGAGCGUUGAAAUUUUGACUGAGGCUUUGGAGGCAAGUUUUCCUUGUUGCAGGUUUGUUUGUUUGAGUUUGGGCUGGUUUGUUGGAUUAGAAGUUUUUGAGAAUACUUUGUCUCCAAGUCCAAGGUUUUUUUUUUGACGUUUUAGUUUUUUAAGGUUGCUGUUUAAAUUUUUUUUUUGUUCAAGGCGGAGGUUGUGGCCGGCAGGGCCACAUUUUUACUUGUAAUUUAUUUUUGUUGCUGGUCUCUAGUUUUAUAUGGUUUUUAUUUCACGUAUUUUUACGCCUUUUUUAAUUAAUGUUAAUUUAUCUGUAAAUUUUUUUAAUUAUAUUUGUUUCUGUUAAUUAGUUAUACGCAGUUUGGUAGCUAUCGAUUAUGAGUUUAAGAAUAUCGAUUGUGUUUCACGUAAAUACCACUUGGUGAGCGCCCGGCGGUUGGCUGAUGACGUCAGACAUUCGGCUUGCCGGGAAGAAAAAAUCAGCUGGGCCGGGGGGAGAGUGUGCCGAGCGACCGUCGAGGACAGAGCCAUGUGACGGCGCGGACUGGUGUGCCGGACGGCAACGGGCCACGAAGAGUAUUGGGCUGGAGGCUCCACGCUGGGGGACAGGGCAAUGGAUUGCCCUGUGAUACUGAACUUAUCAAGGUAAAGAGAGGCCGCAAUUUUGAUUUUUACCCUCGUGGUACUGCAGUGGUUUUUGGCAAACCUAGUGAACUGUGUAUUUUCCCAUACUAAAUUUUAUUUGGACGGAACUUUUAUUAGCCAGUUUGGUGAAGAGGCCCAUUUGUUUCACACGUUGUUCCAGUGUGGGAUUUUUUAAAAAGGUCGCCCGUUUGCCUGUAGUUGUAAUAAAAGUAUAAGUUUGGAAGAAACGAACAUUUUGCAAUUUGUUUUUGAGACUUUGUCUUCGGAAUUUGCAUACUUAAAGUUGCAUUUAGCUAAUAUAUCAGCUUGUGCAGUAUAAUUAAAUGUAUGCGAUCGGUAUUGGACUACAUGCGCAGCCUGAUGUUGGUUGGUUGGUGCGGCCAUUCUACGUUUUUAUGAAAUCAUUGGCAAGUUAAUAAAGAAGUAAGACUUUGUUUGAAGUAUAUGAUAAAUACUUCUGUGGUAACAUAGUUAUGUUACGUGAAGAGUUUUUGCUACAUUUCCCUUAAAAAUAAGAUAAUUUUUUUUUGAUCAUCGUUCACGCCUUUGUGAAUUCGUACCUAUGGCCCGGCGUGGCAUUAGACUCUGGAGUUGGUGAGGAAGGUCAGGAAGCCAGCGCACGCCUAGGAUAUUAACUUUGUUUUUUUGGCAAGUCUUUAGCAACGAACAUCUGAAGAAAGACUAAACCGUUGAUUGAGAGUUUAAGAACUUUAUUUAAAUAAUUUGUUUGUACUUCAGUAUUAUUUUUGUAGAUUUUUUAUAUAUUUGUAUUGAUUGUCUUGUUUGAUUUUUUGGUAUUAGGGCAGUCAGUAAAUUUUGAUAUUUUAUAGUGGCCACGCCUCACGCCCUUAUAUAUUUUUAUACUUGUUGUUAUCAGUAUUUAUAUUUUUACGAUUUUUUAAAGGUUAUUGUUAGUAUCGCAAAUGGGGAUAAGAUGCUGCCAUUAUUAACGUCAGCUUUUGUAACUAAGCUUGUAUGGUUAUGUAUAGUAAAAAAUUAUUUUUGCAAAUUUCUAUUUUUUAAUAACAUACGUCCAAAGUCUUGCCUCUUGUUUGUUUAAUGGUUACUCUGCUAUUAUAUCCUUUAAAUUUUUUGGCCUGACCCCUGGGCAGUGGUGUGGGGAAUUUAUAUUGUUUAGCUUUUUAUGCCUGGUUUUAAUAUUUAUUUUUUCCCUUCGCGCCCAGAGUGAGUCGGGGACGCAACCCCUCUUCCAAUUAAGGAGGAAGAAGGGUUACAACAGAAAGAAUGUCAAUGCACCAUAUAACACCAAAACGCAAAUUUAUACACAACAAACCAUCAAAAUGCAACUAAAUUAAUGAAAUAAUUAAGGGUUUUUAUACAAAACUUAACUCAAAUCACAAUAAUGAUAGUAAAUUCAAUUAAUGUUAAUUUAUUUAGCAUAAAAUUAGUACCAAAAUGUGUUAAGAAAUAUUUUGGAUAAUAUUUUACCUUUUUUUUUGAACCUGCAACUGUUAUUAGUGACACAUUUUUACAUUAUGGCAUUGGUACAGUUUUCAAAUACAAUUAAUAGCCAGUUAAUAUUUUUACUGUCCCAUGUAGUUAGACAUGCUUAUUACAAAUUAUUAUAUUGUAAAAGUGCAUCAUUUAGUGUCAGUUGAAAUGACACAGUUUUGGUGAAUUAAGGAGGCAUGUGCGAAUAUUUAAAUUUUUGUAUUAUAUUAAUACUUUAUUUGACCUUGAUUACUAAAUAUUUGAGAUAAGAUAACUAAUAUUUGUUUCCUAACAAAUGUUAGACAUAGCAUACCUCGUGAGGUUUUUUUAUAUCAACAUUCACUUUUGAGGUUAAGUCAUUUUUGCAAUAUAAAUGCCCUUUUUUGAUGUUUUAAUGGGACUUUAUAAUCAACAACAUGAACAAUAAGCAACGGUUUAAACAUGCAACAAGUAUUUAAAAAAAAAAAUUCCACUACCGGCCACUAAGCAGUAACGGAAAAAUCGCGUGGACAAUUCGAAACACGACACAUUUGUCAUUUCAAACUGGAAAAACAAAAUAUUAUUUGUAUUCAUUUCAUCACAUGCACCAGAAGUUGGGAAAACAUAAACAAACGUCAACAAUCAUUGACUACAACACCACAUAACACGGACAUAAUUGAGCUGGGCAUUAAAAGAAGUAAUCGUCAUAAUUUAAACGGCUUAUAAAGCGAUAGCCGAUAGUCACAAGCUAACACCAUGUGAUACAGCAGUAGCUUACUUGCUGUACACAUCUAUGACAAAGCAGACAUUGCGACUCAAAAAUAUAUAAAAAAAACUUAAAUAAUGGUUUAAGAUUCCCGAUGAAAUUAGCAAAAAUUGUUUUGAUAAUAUUGCUGGAACUAAAAUAACAUUUACCUGAUGGCCGUCAACAACGAAAACUCAUGAAUAAUCACCAAUUUGGAAAUACAGCAUUAAAAAAAUAUUAACAUUUUUCUUAAAAUAGAUUGCAAUGGUUUGCACAGCCCUGGAAGUAGGUAUCAUUUUUGUUCAAUAAUGUGCUACGUUUAUAAAUAAACAGAAUUCAUAUAAAAAUAAAAACAUCAAAAUCUCCUUCAUAUUUAUAAAUUAAAUAGGUUUUUAAAUAAAACCAUAAAUUUUGUCUCUACGAAUUACAUAUUAAAAUGAUGACAUUCAUUGAACAAAGUCUUAUUUCAUGAUUAAACUUGCACUUAGUUGCUUCAUGGGUGUGACAUGUAUUAGUGGGUUAUUUCAGUUCUAUUGCAAUUUACCAUAUGAUGUAUUUCUUUAUAAUGUCUUGCAGUACCACUAUAACACCAUUAGAAGAGAGACAGAAAUGAUACUAAUUUUCAUUGUAUACAUAAUAACAGUGUGCAAAUAUAUAAUUUGAUAAAUAUGUCAUUGCUAAUUAUCACAAGUAACUUAACCAUAGUGUAUUUUUCUCAUAGAUUUAAUAAUAGGCUUUGUUAUUGCACAUCUUUGAUGUUUUAAAAAGAGGGUUAAAUUGAACUCUGUACAUAUUUGCAAGUGCUUUUUCUCAAUAUUCUCUUGAUGGUUUUGUGAUAUCUGAGAAAUUCAUAUAUUGUAUAUAUUUUAAGGCAUUAAGUGAACAAUGUGUGAGAAAUUGUGUGAAAUAUUUUGGUUUUUGACAAGUGUUGCACCAGUGUUAAAGCCCGCAAGAUGUUUUGUAUCAGAUUUAUCAAAUAAUUAUCUCGUGCGUAAUUCUAAUACACCAAUGUUACCACAUUACCAUGUUGCUUUCAAAUUGGAAAUGGAUUAACAAUCCAUUUGGACUGUUUGCAUUGUAACUCGCACAAGUUUUUAAUUUUAGUGGUAAUACAUAGUACUAGCUUUCUUUAUGACUGACUGCUCAGUUUUAUAAUAAAUGUUUACUGUCAACUACAUAGUGGAGUGGUCCAAGAUCACACACCCUGGAAAGUUCCUAAAUUUUUGAAAAUCAAGUAUUGAUGUCAUAAAAUUUUAAAAUGGUUCAAGAAAGAAAUGCAAUGUGGUAACUAUUUUAAAUCUUCUGUGUUCAAAACUGUAUUUUUCACAUGUUUGUGAUUGUAGAUACACUUUUUUUUUUAGUUUGAUUGUACAUUAUAUAGACUAGUUUGGAAAUCAAAAUAUUAUGUACUAAUUUCGUUGCCAUAAAAGACUAAUUAUUUGGAAGUACAAUCAUUUUUUAGUAUUUUUUUUUUGGUAGAUUAUAAGCAUUUUUUGCAAUUUUUUUUUACAUAUUUUAUACCACUGUUUAGUGAGUUUGUAUUAAACAGUAUUUUCUAGUCAUAGAUUAUUUUGUAAAUAAAACUUUCCACAGCAAAACACUAUUGUUGUACUUACCUUUUUUUUAUUAUUAUUACCGUAUUGACCCACACCCUUCAUUUUGACCAAAAAAAUUUUUUUAAUGUUUUCACAGUAAGUAUCGCCCCUGCACAUGGAUCGCAGCGCCAAUAUCUGUCUUCACUAGAGUUCCAUAGAUUCAAUCGAAGUGUUCCUUUUCUCAGCUUAUUGGCGCUUAAGAAAUACAGCACUGGUGACACUGGCGUUGACCCUCCGCUCUUCAUGUGUUUACUUUUACUACGGGAGGGUGUGAGGCGGGCCCCUUCCCCCAUAUUUACAACUACAGUAAACUCCCUAGUAUCCGUGCAUGCUACGAAAAAAUACAGCACAUAUGUAAAUCUGUAUUUAAAAGUGAGCAAAUUUGAACUCUACUGACGAGUGUAUUGCGUGCAGUAUACAGUAAAACGCCACAGGCCUUCUCGGAACUCAUACAGUAGGCUGGCAUGCGUUGCUAUUUUUGUCUCCGUCGCGCUUUGUUUCUUGUCGUAUGGUUGAGCACUUUUAUGUUUACGAUACUGAAAUGUAGUGUAUGUUAAUUAUUCAGUAAAAUACUAAAAUUUUAGCAUCAUUUAAAAAAUUUUUGCUGUUAAUUAUAACUUUUACUGUACAUAAUUUUUUUUUAAUUUUUAAGUUGAAAUUAAUGGUUCCAUUUUUGUUUACCAUUUUCAGCUCUUUUGUGUAUUAUCGGCAAUUUAACUAUCCGUGGUGGCCCUGCCACUUAAUUUUGCGGAUAAUCAGGAGUGUACUGUAAUCCAAUUCCCACACUUCCUAACAAGGAAGGGUACAACAGUGCGGGAAAGUUAUCCACAGUGCUGAACGAGUAAUCAUAGUCGGUGAUUCAGUAUUCAGUGUUGUGACGAAGAGACUAAGAGAGGUGGUCUGCACGAGCCCCUUCAAAGGGCAACAGCAAGAGCUGCUAAAUAUACCAGCGUUAGUGAAAGAGAGAUAUUUAAAAUUCGUAAUGCCAGCGAAGAACGGCCGUACGAUCCCUAUUAUGAAACGGCAGAACCCAGUAUGUCUGUACAGUGAAAGAAAAGUAAUAAAAAAGAAAGGGGGUGACUAAAGAAGAGUAAUAGAACACAAGUCAGUUGUUUUUAGAAUCCUCUUCUGUCUAUCGGCGCACAUCUCCGAAACUACAUAACGGAUUUUCAUGUAGUUCUCACAGGUGGAUAGAGUAUAAUUGGGAGCAGAAUCUAGGCUUCGUUUCAUUAAAAUUGCAUAACAGGAAUAAAAGAAAGUACUUCUGCCACGUCUGUCUGAAUGCGAUAAACUCGAAAACUACAGAACAUAUUUUCAUACAGUUUUCACCAAUGGACAGUGUGAUUCACGAGGAAGGUGCAUAAUAAUUCAUUAAGGUUGACGACAGCUGUCGUGUCUAUCCUGGUCCGUAGCCGUCUGGUCCAGGCAUGAGUGUAACAAAGUGUUUGAGUGGGGCUUCGAGGGGUGAGCGCGCUGGUGUGAUAAAUGACAGUGUAAUCGGACCCGGACAGCGUACUGUCUCCCACGCAUCUCGUGCGUCCCCCUCCCCUGCUUCCCGCUCGCAGUGCGCCGGUGCAUGGGGGGCAGUAGUAGCUCGCCUCUCAUCCGCGAUGGACGCGUCUGAUCGCUGCUACGCGCUUUGGCCGCUAGCGACUCGUGAGUGGUUCGCCGUUUAGCAGCCAGUGCCUUAACCACUUAGACCUGUUGUAAGCCACAAGGUGAGAACCCGUUCACUCCCCGAGUUCUAGGCUGGCCGGCGCUCUCAUCACGACAUGGGAAUCACUCGCAACAGGGGUCAGAGAGCCAGGUUUUGUCAAGGUAUUUUUUGUAAAUUGGCUUGCGAUCGUGGAAAAUGUUUUUAGUGCAAGAUUUCCAUCUGGUAGACAUACAACCUGUGUGUGUGUGUGUGUGUCAUUUCUCUAUGGCCACCAGACGUACAAACUGUGUCAAUAUCUAUGGUCACCAACAACCCGGUCUACUGACAUGAUGCCUGGAGUAAAGAACAAAGGGACCUGUGAUUCAGUUCAUUCCUAAAAAAAAAAUUGAUUUGUUACCUUUGUUUGUUUCUAAUUUCUAACUUAAUAAUAUUGUAGCUGUAUUACUUUUUCAGUUAUUAUUGUUCCCAUUUUAUCUUUGAACGAUAGUACUUAUCUUAAGUGGUGCAAGAUUACACUAAAUUCCACAUGGACAAAGUCAAGGGCACAACUAGUAUUUAGUCAUUUAGUCACUAAUGUAGGAACAAAGCAUUAUAUAAGAAAUUCACUUUUUGGUCAUAUGGUAUUUUGCUGCUUUUUUCCUUGAUAUGUAAAGUAGCAGGUUCUGGAAAAUAGGUCGAAUAGAAACGUAUAUACAAUUUAGUAUUAUUUGUUUUAUUUCCAAGAAGCCACUACACAUUUACUUUUUCUUCUCCUAUGUAUUUGAUACAUGUAAAAAGUUUUCUUUCAGUGGGUUUCUAAUUCUCACUAUUUGAAUACGAUAUUUGUAUCUGAGAAUAAUUUGGUAUUGGUAUUAAAUUCAAACUAAAAAACUGAUAAUCGCACAUGUUUACUAAAUUUACUAACACUAACUGGCUCAAUAUUCAGAUGCUUGUAGUUUCAAAUCACUGAAAGUAACAAGAUGAAAUUUGUUUUGUACGAAAGCUAUUACUACAUACUAUCUUAAAAAAAAAAAAAUCCCCCCUUCCCCAUACAUGCCUUUUUUUUUUACCUCGAAAAUAGGAACUUUGCUCAACAUUUGUGAUUUUUGGUAGUCAUAACUUGUGAAGGGAAUGCAGUAACAACUUAAUGUUUAAUUCCUCUAGUAGUAUUCAUGUGUGUCUUUUAAGCAUUAAAAAAUUUGUUAUUAGGAACCCAUAAGUAAUUAG